CGUAGGCCGGCAUUUUCCCACAACACCCCGCUGCAGCUCGCAAAGAUGACGAAAAUGGCUGACAGCGGAUCAUCGGUUGAAAUUGUUGAGGGCUGCCGCCUUCCCGUUCUCCGUAAGAACCAGGAACACGAAGACGAGUGGCCAUUGGCUGAGAUUUUAAGUGUGAAGGAAGUCUCUGGAAGAAAACUCUAUUAUGUUCACUACAUUGACUUCAACAAACGUCUGGAUGAGUGGGUCACAUCAGAUAGGCUGGACAUGAAAAAACUCCAGUUCCCGAAAAAGGAAGCAAAAACUCCAACCAAGAAUGGUCUUCCAGGCUCUCGCCCAAGUUCACCGGAACGAGAAGUGAGGAAGAGUCUAGAUCUCAACCUACAAUCUGCCACAGCUCCUUCCAGAGGCAAAACUCUCCCCACUCCGCAGAUCACGAAUGAAGCCGACUGUGGUAACAACUCUUGUUCAUCGCAGAAGAGGAAAGUGGAGCCGGUCCCCCUGGUGCCACAGGUUCCACCGGCCCCCCCGGUGCCCUCCCUGCCAACUUCAACCGAGGCGUCUCCGGCAGCUGUAUACCCCGCCGCGAGGGAGACGAACACCUUCAAGACCCGAGAAGACCAUGACCAGAUUUCCUCCCUCACGACAAAUGGCACCGCUCGAAGGCUCAUCACCUCUCAGCCCGGCAGGAAGCGGAAAGCUAAUUGUGGACCCACUGACGAGAUGAUAAAGGUUUUGCAGUAUAACAAGCCUCAAAGUGCCAGUGUCUUUCUACCACCACCAGAGGAUUCACAGGACAGUUCUGAUGGCAUCCCGACCGCACCCCGCAUGACAGGCAGUCUGGUGUCAGACCGCAGCCACGACGACAUCGUCACCCGAAUGAAAAACAUCGAGUGUAUAGAACUGGGUCGUCACAGGCUGAAGCCGUGGUACUUUUCCCCGUACCCGCAGGAACUGACGUCGCUGCCCAUUCUCUACCUCUGUGAAUUCUGCCUCAAGUAUCUCAAAAGUCUCAAGUGUCUCCAGAGACAUUUGACAAAAUGUAACCUCAGACAUCCUCCGGGUAACGAGAUCUACCGCAAAGGAACUAUCUCAUUCUUUGAGAUUGAUGGCAGAAAAAACAAAAAUUAUUCCCAGAACCUGUGUUUACUUGCUAAGUGUUUCCUGGACCACAAAACCCUGUACUACGACACGGACCCUUUCCUCUUCUAUGUAAUGACAGAGUAUGACUCCAAAGGCUUCCACAUAGUGGGAUACUUCUCAAAGGAGAAGGAGUCAACUGAGGAUUAUAAUGUGGCUUGUAUCUUGACGUUGCCUCCUUACCAGCGGCGAGGUUACGGAAAGCUUCUCAUCGAGUUUAGUUACGAAUUGUCCAAGGUUGAAGGAAAGACGGGCACGCCGGAGAAACCCCUCUCGGACCUCGGGCUGUUGUCUUAUCGCUCCUACUGGUCGCAGACCAUUCUAGAGAUUCUCAUGGACCUUAAACCGGAUAAUGGCGAGAGGCCACAGAUCACCAUCAAUGAGAUCAGUGAGAUCACAAGUGUCAAGAAAGAAGAUGUCAUUUCAACACUGCAGUACCUCAACCUGAUCAACUAUUAUAAGGGCCAGUACAUCCUGACUCUGUCAGAAGACAUAGUAGAUGGACAUGAAAGAGCUAUGCAGAAGAGACACACACGCAUAGAUCCAAAAUGUCUUCAUUUCACGCCCAAGGACUGGAGCAAGAGGGGCAAGUGGUGAAGUCUCCUCGGAUCAUUUGGACAGCAGGCAUGAAGCUGGCAUCACAAUGGUUUUGCAAUACAGAAGUCCCACCCAACCCAGGACAAGUUUAAAAAAAAAAAAAAGAAAAACUGCAUAAGCUUCUAUUGUGAAUAUCUGUUCAAUACUGUACAUUGGAAAUCUUGAACAAUGACUUCAGCAAAACCUACAACACUCCCCCUGCUGGGUACAUGAUCAACUUCAUACAAAACUGUGCAAUUUAUGAAAGGUGGUGAAUAGGGUACAUCAAAUUAAAACAUGCUCAACAUCUCUUGUGGGGCCAUAUUUGAACAUGAAAUUCUAACCCUCUGAAGCGGAUUUCUUCUAAGUAUAAUUCCCCCCCCCCCUCCCCCUCCAAAUGGAAAUGUUUAAAUCAAUUGAAUAUCCAUCUUUUCCCUGAGGUUCAUUUGUUGAAAGUACAGCAGUAUUAUUGUGUCACACACAUUACCGUUUCCAGAGUUCAUGUGCCAGUACCCCUGGAACCUUUUAGAACUUUACACCAUGUGUUCAGGGCCGAAAGCAUGUCCACACCUUAUGUUGUGUAGUAAGCAUCUUCCUGGCAUACUUUUUAAAAUUGAUGUUCAUGUAUUUUAGUGAUAAUCCUGAUGUCCCUCAAUUGCCCCUCUUGUGGUGGCUGUUGAAAUCUGUUAAACUCAUUUCAUGAGCUGUUAUCAAACUCCUCAGAAAUACUGUACUAGCACUUUAGAUUUAAUUCGGAUUAAGAUUUCAGAAUUUUAAAUUGCGUGUAUAGUCAGUAGAUCAUAUUUCAACAAUGAUAAAACAAUCUUUUAUGCAUCCCUAAUGCUGGUGGUAUCCAUCUUAAACCAUUGUCAUCAUCCAUUUUCAAUUUACAGUAAGAUAAACUGCUUCCAUGUUUUGUGACUCCAUACCGGAAUUGAUUGUACCUAUCAUACAAGCCAUCUUGAACUGUUAAAGAUUAAUGUACAUUUUGUGUACUGUUGUCUAAUUUUUUUUUUUACAUGCCGUAAAGUAACAACACAAUAGGAGAAGAUAUGUCAUAAGAUAUUAGUACGUGUGGAAAAAGGUGUUGAGUUUGUCCGUAUAUCCACGUGGAACACAGUUGUUUGAUGGAAACGAGUGGAAAGUAUGUUUUUUCAAGAAAUAAGGUAUUUUGCCAUUUUAAACUUAGUCACUUAUUUUUGACGGAUGUUUUCAAUUGGUUAUCUGUGAAAGAAGAAUUGAAAGCAAGCGUCAUUUGAACGGCUUAAAAUGUGAUUUUGCGGGAUAUUUGUGCCAGAAUAAAUAGAAUCUGUCACGUU